AUGCCACCCAAGCAGAAGCGCAAGUCGGCACCCGCUGCAGAGUCCAGCGACUCGGGGAGGAAGAGGAUCAAGACGGAUGAGGAGCAGAAUGGCCGAGAUCGAGAUCGAGAUCCUUUGCGCCGGCCGCACCCGUUUCACACAGACGCCGAGAAGCACGGCAUCGUCCUCCGCAAGUUCUACCCUCACGAGAUGAGCAACGACCGCGCACGCGCCUACAACAAUGACGAACUCCCCAAACCCAUCCAAGAGCUCACCUCGGCGCUCGAGGACACGUCCACGGCGCGAAAGGCUGUCAAACCGAAAAAGGCCGUCGUGCACUGGUUCAAGAUGGACCUGCGGACGGCAGACAACCGAUCGCUCUCCCUUGCGAGCGAAAAGGCCAAGGAGGCAGGGGUUCCGCUGAUCGCCAUGUUUAUCAUCAGCCCCCAGGACUACGAGGCACAUCUCACGGCUCCCAUCCGCGUCGACUUCAUGCUGAGGACCCUGCAUGUUCUGAGGGAGGACCUGUCCAAGCUGGACAUCCCGCUCUAUGUCGAGACGGUCGACAAGCGCAAGACGAUCCCUGACAGGAUUGCAGGGCUCAUGGAUCAAUGGGGAGCCAGCCAUUUGUUUGCCAAUAUGGAGUACGAGGUCGACGAGCUCCGACGGGAGGCCAAGAUGGUCCGUAUGUUUGCCGACAGGGGCCUCUCGUACGAGGUCCUGCACGAUACGUGCGUCGUCCCUCCCGGCCAACUCGCCAGCGGAACAGGCAAACAGUACGCCGUCUACUCUCCCUGGUUCCGGACCUGGGUCCGCCAUGUUCACGAGAACCUGGACCUUCUCGAGCUGUACGAUCCGCCCGCAAGAAACCCUUCCAGCGCUAGGGAGAGCUUCAGCAAGCUGUUUGACUCGGAGAUCCCGGACGAGGUUGCGGGCCGGGAGCUCGACAACGACGAGCAAAAGAAGCGCUUUCGUGCCUUCUGGCCGGCCGGCGAGCACGAGGCGCGAAGCCGCCUGGAGAAGUUCUGCGAGGAAAAGGUCGGCCAGUACCACAACAAACGCAAUAUCCCCCACGAACCCGGGACUUCGAAUCUCUCAGUGCACCUUGCCAGCGGAACCAUCAGCUCGAGGACCUGUGUGCGGUAUGCGCGUGACCGGAACAAGACCAAGAAGCUCGACGCGGGCAUCGAGGGAAUCCGUGUGUGGAUAAGCGAGGUGGCCUGGCGGGACUUUUACAAGCACGUCCUGGUGAACUGGCCAUACGUCUGGUAUGUUUGGAUGGAUGCCCGCCUUUGUCUCUCCCUCUCCCUCCUCGUAUCCCUCUCCCUCUCCCUCUUCCGUCGCAACCGCAACGUCAUGAUCGCUGACCAGCCCGGCCACAGCAUGAACAAACCCUUCAAGCCCGAGUACGCAAACAUCGAAUGGUCUUACGACAUGGACGACUUCAAGGCCUGGUGCGCCGGCAAGACGGGCUUCCCCAUCGUCGACGCCGCCAUGCGCCAGAUGAACGCAAUGGGAUGGAUGCAUAACCGGUGUCGCAUGAUCGUCGCCUGCUUCCUUGCAAAGGACCUCCUCAUUGACUGGCGCAUGGGCGAGCGCUACUUCAUGGAGCAACUCAUUGACGGCGACUUUGCCUCCAACAAUGGCGGCUGGGGCUUCUCCGCCAGCGUCGGUGUCGAUCCCCAACCCUACUUUCGGAUCUUCAACCCACUGCUGCAGAGCGAGAAGUUCGACCCCGACGGCGAGUACAUCCGGAAGUGGGUGCCUGAGCUCAAGGGCGUCAAGGGCAAGGCCAUUCAUGACCCUUACGGCCGCGGUGCCGGACCGCAGGCGAAGAAGGCCGGGUAUCCUGAGCAGAUGGUUGAGCACAAGAGCUGUCGUGAGCGCGCCUUGUCUGCGUACAAGUACGGCAUCGGAAGAGACGACUUGUAG